AUGGAUGUAAAAUGGGGAAGCCAACAGGAAGCAGGAAGUAAAAACUUGUACUGGCGAAUCCGGGGCCACACGAAUGUAGCGCUAUGUUCUGUCCCGCCGAUUGUCAAUAAACAAAAUGGCGGACGGUUGAAUGAUUUUGUGAAGUUUUGUCGGCGUUCGGGCGAGAAAAUGUCACUUUUCCAAGGGAUGAAGCUCAGCAAGGUGGACCAAGAGAGUGGCGAAGCCGGACAGAAGUCACUCUUUUCGUUUAUAACCUCUACCGCUGCAGCUCCUCCAGUUGACCAAGUCCAGGUUGAUAAAAGCAGUAUUACUGAGACAACUACAACAAGCAGUGUGACUUUAUCAUCAAGAAGUGUCAGUGCCACCUCUCAAGUCUCUUCUCCACCAUACACCUUCCCAUCUGGUCUGUCAGCCAGUGGAGCCACCUCAGGUUACAGCAGUGAGUCUUCCAGCACAACAUCUUCCCCUCGUGCUGUCACCAGACCUGUUUUCUCAGGUGUCCCCUUACCUGUCUCCCCAGGUGUCCCCUUACCUGCCUCCACAGGUGUCCCCUUACCUGCCUCCACAGGUGUCCCCUUACCUGCCUCCACAGGUGUCCCCUUACCUACCUCCACAGGUGUCCCCUUACCUGCCUCCACAGGUGUCUCGUUACCUGCCUCCACAGGUGUCCCCUUACCUGCCUCCACAGGUGACACUUCUCCCAGGGAUGCAUCUGUCGUAAAACUCACUGGGCCAGGUACAAAAAUAACCAGGAAGAAAAGACAUAUUUCUCUUAUUCGGCCUGGAUAUGCAAGACAAGACACGUCCACAGAGAGGAUGAAGACUGAUCCUGAUGCUGACGAUUUGCCAGUGUUGAAAUCAACUCUGAGAGUGAGAGAAGAACUGGAAGAAAGUAAUGACCAGGAUAUAUCUCUAAACAGACUAUCCAUAGAAAAAUCCAAAGUAUCAUCCUCAAAAUUGUCCACUCAAGAAAGAGCUGAUACCUUGAGACUGGAUGAAAGAACUUCAAGUUCAAGUGAGAUUUCAAGGGAUUGCCACCCUGCAAAACUGGACAGAGCCAAUAUAUUUCCACCUUUGAACAACAAAACUCAAACAGAGGAAAAUCUAAACAAGGACAAAUCAUCCUCAUCCGACCCAUUUGAAUCUCUAACCCUUGAUGUUGCAGACAGUGAACAGGUUGGAGAAACCACUGCUGUAUCUGAGCUAGAAUCACUCAGCCUUGAUCUCAGCUUUGACUUGGAUUUUAACCUGGACCUGGAUGUUACCAUGCCUUGCAGUACUGGUCCAGACAAUGUACAGUGCAAUAGUGAUACAGAGACAGGACCGUUGGAUGGUUUAGAGCUGGACUUAUUGGAUCCUAAGGCUGAUGAGGGUACAGUUAACACAGGAGCUGAUAGUGGGGAAUCUAGUAGUGUGCAAAAUACAACAACAGUGACAUCAUCUUUUAGAUUUUUACAGUCAGCUGAUGUCACCAAAGCUGCAGAGGAUAAUGAUGACAUUGACCUUGAGAUCGAAUCGUGUACAGAGAAGACAGAAUUUAGUCACCAACCUGUAGGAAGGUCGGAAGUAGAAGAAGCUGAAAAAGCAGCAGGAGAUGAUUUACCUGAAGAAACUGUCAUCAGAAAACAAGAUGUUAAUCUUGGCAGCGAUGAUACUGCAAAUGACUCAUUAGUGACAUCAGAAGUAGCAACAAGGAAAGAAGAUGACCUUGUAAUGACAGAUUCCAUGGUGGAAGAUUCUCAGAACAGUAGACUGGAAGAAGUCAGGGAAAGGUUUUCCCAUCUGCAGCAGCAGCACCAGACUCUGCUACAGACACACGUCAAGCUGUGCUGCAGGCAGGUCAAGAAAAGACGAGAGCUCAGCAGAGUGAAGGCAGAGCAGGAUCAGGCUGUGAAGAAUGAAGACUAUGAAAAGGCUGAAGCCUUCAACAGAAGAUUGCAGUCUCUCACAGCUGACCUGCAGGCCAUGACCUUUGACUUACCGUCCUCAGAGCCCUCCACUGCAUCACUGCUGGAGGAGAUGAGACAUGUGAUGGAGGAGGAAGUUGCCAUGGUAACAGAAGAGGCAGAGAGAUACACUGCCAUGAAAACCAAGGAGGAACUGUGCUUAAAAGAGCUUCAUACAACAAAACAGGUAGAACUGAACAGGGAGAAACAAAAACUUGCCACACUUCAAGAUCAACUGGCCAUGGCAGCAAGCCACCUGUCCCUUGACCGGGAGCACCUACAGAAGUCAAAAGCACAGCUGUCCAGCCAGGUGGAGGAGAGGACAGCUGAGUUCCACACAGCCAGGGAACAGCUGGUGGAGAAGAGACAGGACAUCCAGGAGGAAAUCUCUGCCCUGGAAGAGCGUCUACGUGUUCUCCGGCAGCAGGAGGAGUCCAUCUCCGCAGAGAUUCAGCUGCAAGAGGACAGCAUUAGUAGGGUCGAGCAGCAGUUCUCCACGGAGCGUGUGCAGCUGGAGGAGGAGCGGAGGACCAUCGACAGGAAACAGGGAGAGCUGGAGGACCAGGCUAGGGAGGCAGCACAGGAGGAACAGACUCUCAGGGACAGGGAGGUGGAACUACAGAUAGAGGAGAAAAGACUGCAGGACAGUCUCCAGUCUAUCCAGGAGAGAGUUUCCCACAUGACGAGUCAGGCCCAGGAGCUGAGCACCAGAGCUGAGGACAUGAUGGCUCUACCUGUCUACACAGGAACUAUCAACACAAAUAACCAACAAAUCACAAGGUUAAAGGAACAACAGCAGGAAAGGCAGAGAGAGGUGCAGGAACUGACCACACAGGUUCUGAGGUAUCAGACCAGAGUUACAGAUUUGACCAAACAGCUGGGUGAGACCGCAGCCCAGAUGCCAGUACUGCAGGAGGCUAAGCAGCUGGCUGUGGCAGGUUAUAAUUUUUCUGAAGCCAAACGUCUUGCCGAUGAGAUCAAGACCUUGGAAGACAAGAGGGUCGCUAAGGAGAAGGAGCUGGUGAGAGCUCAAGAAGAUGUAGAGCAGCAAACACAGAACUUGGAGAUGUCUAAGAAAGUGUUCAAGGAAGUCCAGGAGGAGCUGAAGCAAAAGGAAGAAGAAAAUGAUGCAGUCAGAAAAGAUGAAGCCUAUCAACUCUACCAAGAACUGCAGCUUCAGUUAGACAGAUGUGCAAAUGAUGUUAUAAGAAGUGUGCUCCAGGCCGACAUGACGGCAUGCCAGCUGUGGAUCCAGGACAUCUGUGAGAAGCACCACCUACCUCUGCCCCAGGAACUGCAGGCCCUGGACCUGCAAGGCAUCCUGGGGGAGGAUGAUGAUGACAUGGUUGCCAUGGAUACCUCCUGUGUUGGAGAUGGUGGAGUGUUGAAGGCUACAGGUCCAGAGAACAAGGAGGCCCCUACAGGUGGCAGCUGUGCAGCUGAAGACCACAUGCAAGCCUGUGAGGCUGCAGGUGGCAGCUGCCAGGCGGAAGACUAUGUUCAGGCCUGUGAGGCCUUCAGCAUGCGGCUACUGGAGCUGGAGGACCAGCUGCAGGAGGCUGUAGGGCAGGAGGACUAUGAGGCAGCACAGACCCUUCAUGAGGAGAUCCAGACCCUGAAGCACCAGCUCCAGAACAUUGUAGUGCCUGACUGUUCUGAGGUGGCCUCACGGGGUACGAAUCAGGCUGAGUACACCUGCAUGAAGCACUUUUCCUCCAACCCCAUAUGUAGCCUCCAUAGCGUGCUGUUUUCUGACUGCUGUCAUGGUUUGAUGGCUCCCAUUGUUUGCAACAGUUAGUUGCCAGCUAUAUCAAUUAGAAAACAGUACAUAGUCAGGCCAUAGAAACGCUAGUACUAAAGCACAAAAAGGUAGUAAAUCACAGAUGAGUCACAAUUAGAGUGGCAGGUACAAGUAUGAUUAUGAGGGCUUUCUUGGGGUUUUAGGAGCACCUGGUGUUGUCACCUUAGCACUCUGCUCGGGAGUUACUGCAUGCUCACAAAGCGUCUUGUGGAUGAUGAAGAUGUCAGCAUUUGUUAGUGCUGGUCAUGAUGCUUGAUCACUUACAUAUCAGAGUUUGUUGACUAAGUUUGCCGCCUCAGAUUUUUCUGCAGGCUCUAUGUCUUGAGUAACAGUUAUCUGUUUGUUGUUGCAUCCCUGCUUAUUUCAGGCCCCACAUGUAUUAUCAAGUCUCUCUUUGCACUUCACAGCAAGACUGACCAACCAGGAGGAGCCAGUUGCCAUGGGAAGAGUUUGCGAUGAAAUUUCGCAUCUCAAUCUUUGGUAGAAGAUACUGUGCCAUAGUUUCGUCUGGCCAUCCUUCUUAAGAUAGGGACCCAGCUAGGGCUGGAAUUGCUGCAUCUUUUUGGUUUGCUAUCUUCUCCGAACUAGAGGUUCUCAGGAAUUUUUUUCAUGAUAUUAAUGUAGUAUGAUGUCAUAUAACAGGAGCUUCCCGAAGAACAUCUAGCAGUGACAAAUUAAAAACAAUUGUGGAAUUCAAUUUUCUAAGUGGCUACUUGAGGAAUUUUAGGUAGAGAUGAUGUCAUCCUUGUCACUAAUUUUUGGAGAGAACAGAUUGCUUGGAAUACUAUUAUAGCAAAUAAAGCAAAAGAUAGCAAAGUUGUACCGAAACAAAACCAGUGCCAUUAAUCAGUAACUGUCCAUCAUAUAAUCGUAAGUGUAAUUGUCCUACUGUAAGCAACAGUUGUCAAUAAUUCUGUAAGGAACAAAUACCUGAACCCUCUUAACAUCGAUUGAAUGUAAAAUAUAAAACAUAUAUAUAAAUAAACUUGUAAUAUAAGGUGUGUAAUGUACUGUGUUGUCAUUAUUUCGCAAAAAUAUCUGCUCCUAAAUACGAAAUUUAGUUCCUGUAAAAAUGAAUUACUUCACUUUAUUGUCUAUAAUAGUGAAAUAUCACAUGUACCUUUGACAAAGGGUUGUGUUUCUUAGCAUUUUUUAUCACCUUGAAACGUGACAAAAUCGGCAUAAGCGUCGACUUUUUAUGAUGCCUGCAUCAUUCAAACAAGUUUUAUUUGUUGACUUGAAAAAACAGCAAUAAUAAUAAACAUUCGUUAACAAGAUACAAAAUCGGAAUAACCUGGAAGAAAACAACUACCUUACUCCUUAAGAUACCUUAAACGAUACCAAAAAUAGAAAUAUAUGUUUAGUGUAUCUUAUAGGUUGUAUCAAUAUGAUAGACUCGGACAAGCCUUGCAGACGGUCUUUGGUAUCAAGUCCCUGUGCAGACACACUAUAGAGUACGAGUUUUACUUCUGGAGGGUCGUGAUGACGUAAGAUAGCAGCGUAGCACGGUCACAGCGACCCUCUUGCAAGGUGCGGUAAACGCGCGAUGAUUGUCGGUAUUCGAGAACGUACUCUAAACACAGAAUUGAUUGCAUAUCCGAGGAUGACUUGAACUACGCAUUUAUAUCUAACAACACGAUGUUUUCGCCUACAUUUUCUCGGCAAGAUGACAUUUUCACUGUAGUUUUGCUUCUGAAUCAAUAUCAUAGCUGGAGGCGACUUAUGGCCGAUUGCACUG